AUGCCUGUUUGCGACAAUACUCGCUAGUCCCGGUGGUGGCGGUGUUCGCAGGUAACAAUGUUUACCACCGUGAAUGGAAUUUGUUUGAUUAACCCUGAUCAGAGGAUGAAAACACUAAAGAACCAAGAUCAGCUCAGCUACUAUUUAAUAAAACAAAAUCUGUAGAAUUCACGUUCUGUAAUGACACUGUCGUCAUUCCAUGCUUUGUUACUAAUAUGGAGGCACAAAACACUACCGAAGUAUAUGUAAAGUGGAAAUUUAAAGGAAGAGAUAUUUACACGUUUGAUGGAGCUCUAAACAAGUCCACUGCCCCCGCUAACUUUAGUAGUGCAAAAAUUGAAGUCUCACAAUUACUAAAAGGAGAUGCCUCUUUGAAGAUGGAUAAGAGUGAUGCUGUCUCACACACAGGAAACUACACUUGUGAAGUAACAGAAUUAACCAGAGAAGGUGAAACGAUCAUUGAGCUAAAAUAUCGUGUUGUUUCAUGGUUUUCUCCAAAUGAAAAUAUUCUCAUUGUUAUUUUCCCAAUUUUUGCUAUACUCCUGUUUUGGGGACAGUUUGGUAUUAAAACACUUAAAUAUAGAUCCGGUGGUAUGGAUGAGAAAACGAUUGCUUUACUUGUUGCUGGACUGAUGAUCACUGUCAUUGUCAUUGUUGGAGCCAUUCUUUUCGUCCCAGGUGAAUAUUCAUUAAAGAAUGCUACUGGCCUUGGUUUAAUUGUGACUUCUACAGGGAUAUUAAUAUUACUUCACUACUAUGUGUUUAGUACAGCGAUUGGAUUAACCUCCUUCGUCAUUGCCAUAUUGGUUAUUCAGGUGAUAGCCUAUAUCCUCGCUGUGGUUGGACUGAGUCUCUGUAUUGCGGCUUGUAUACCAAUGCAUGGCCCUCUUCUGAUUUCAGGUUUGAGUAUCUUAGCUCUAGCACAAUUACUUGGACUAGUUUAUAUGAAAUUUGUGGCUUCCAAUCAGAAGACUAUACAACCUCCUAGGAAAGCUGUAGAGGAACCCCUUAAUGCAUUCAAAGAAUCAAAAGGAAUGAUGAAUGAUGAAUAACUGAAGUGAAGUGAUGGACUCCGAUUUGGAGAGUAGUAAGAUGUGAAAGGAAUACACUUGUGUUUAAGCACCAUGGCCUUGAUGAUUCACUGUUGGGGAGAAGAAACAAGAAAAGUAACUGGUUGUCACCUAUGAGACCCUUACGUGAUUGUUUGUUAAGUUUUUAUUCAAAGCAGCUGUAAUUUAGUUAAUAAAAUAAUUAUGAUCUUUGUUGUUUGCCCAAUUGAGAUCCAGUUUUUUGUUGUUAUUUUUCAUCAAUUAGGGGCAAAAGUAAAAUGGACAAUUUCCAAGAAUGAUGCCUUUCAGAUCCUAGGGCCUCUGGUCUCUAGGUAACCAGUUUAAAUUGGUUCAGGGUGAUAACUACUUAGCACUGCCCUGGUGAUUACCCAGAGAUAGCUAUGAAAACCAGUGGCUUCCAUCAAACCUUUGCCAACUCAGGUUCACAGCAGCUUUGGGCAGUUAUGGCAGUAUGGCACUAGCCGAGAUGUGUCCGCCACUUCUGGGUCAAGGGAAUAAUAAAUUAAGUACAGGCAGGAAUUUGGUUGGGAGCAUCUUGUAUGCCAUCUCUAUGUGAUGUGAUAUUGAUGGAGAUAGUGGUCCUCAUUCUUGGGGGUUGCCAUUCCCACAUUUCCCCUUCAACAAACAGUGUAACAGGUCCUUCCCAGAUUUAGGGUACUUUUAUUGAUGGAUAUGUUUUCCUUUUAUUGACAUAACCCCUUGAAACUCUGUCUUGUCCUCCUGUUACUUGCUUCUGCUGUACAAGAUGUAGCACCUUUUCUCCUCUUUGAACAUGGUCUAGUGACACGGUAGCACCAGUUGCAGGAAGGAGCCAGACGUGUUCUCAGAGCACUUUGUUCACACUUUUCAGCAAAAAUAGCUAUGGUUGUAACAUAUGUAUUCCCUUCCUCUGAUUUGAAGGCAAAAAUCUACAGUGUUUCUUCACUUCUUUUCUGAUCUGGGGCAUGAAAAAGCAAGAUUGAAAUUUGAACUAUGAGUCUCCUGCAUGGCAACAAAAUGUGUGUCACCAUCAGGCCAAUGGGCCAGCCCUUGAAUGGGGGUUUAUUACUGUUGUAUCUAUGUUGCAUGAUAAACAUUCAUCACCUUCCUCCUGUAGUCCUGCCUCGUACUCCCCUUCCCCUAUGAUUGAAAAGUAAACAAAACCCACAUUUCCUAUCCUGGUUAGAAGAAAAUUAACGUUCUGACAGUUGUGAUCGCCUGGAGUACUUUUAGACUUUUAGCACUCGUUUUUUUACCUGUUUGUGGGUGUGUGUUUGUAUGUGCAUAUGUAUGAGAAGGGCACAUGCAUCUUCUGUAUGGACAAAGGUGGGGUACCUACAGGAGAGCAAAGGUUAAUUUUGUGCUUUUAGUAAAAACAUUUAAAUACAAAGUUCUUUAUUGGGUGGAAUUAUAUUUGAUGCAAAUAUUUGAUCACUUAAAACUUUUAAAACUUCUAGGUAAUUCGCCACGCUUUUUGACUGCUCACCAAUACCCUGUAAAAAUACGUAAUUCUUCCUGUUUGUGUAAUGAGAUAUUCAUAUUUGUAGUUGCAUUAAUAAUAGUUAUUUCUUAGUCCAUCAGAUGUUCCCGUGUGCCUCUUUUAUGCCAAAUUAAUGGUCAUAUUUCAUGUUGGGACCAAGUAGUUUGCCGAUGGCAAACCUAAAUUUAUGACCUGCUGAAGCCUCUUGGAAAACUGAACAUACUAGCAAGACAGCUCUUCUUG